AUGACUCACACUGUUGCCGACGCCGCCCGCCCCUUUGUCGGCAAGGUGGCCGUGAUUACCGGCGCCGGCCGCGGCAUUGGCCGGGGCAUUGCCAUCGAGCUCGGCCGCCGCGGCGCCAGCGUUGUCGUCAACUACGGCAGCAGCAGCGCGGCCGCCGAGGAGGUCGUCGCGGAGCUGCAGUCGCUCGGCGCCGAGGCCGUGGCGCUGAAGGCGGACAUUAGCAAGCCGGCCGAGGUCGUGGCGCUGUUUGACCGCGCCGUGGCGCACUUUGGCGGCAUCGACAUUGUCGUGUCCAACUCGGGUAUGGAGGUGUGGUCGUCGGAGCUGGACGUGACCCAGGAGCUCUUUGACAAGGUGUUCAACCUCAACUGCCGCGGCCAGUUCUUUGUGGCGCAGCAGGGGCUCAAGCACUGCCGCCCCGGCGGCAGCAUCAUCCUGACGUCGUCGGUGGCGGCGUCGCUGACGGGCAUCCCGAACCACGCGCUGUACGCCGGGUCCAAGGCCGCCGUCGAGGGCUUCACGCGCGCCUUUUCGGUCGACUGCGGCGAGAAGGGCGUCACCGUCAACGCGAUUGCCCCCGGCGGCGUCAAGACGGACAUGUACGACGAGAACUCGUGGCACUACGUGCCGGGCGGCUACAAGGGCAUGUCGCAGGACAUUAUCGAUGCGGGCAUCACCAAGGCCUGCCCGCUGAAGCGCGUGGGCACGCCGGCCGACAUUGGCAAGGCUGUGGCGCUUCUGGUCAGCCCGGAGGGCGAGUGGAUCAACGGCCAAGUCAUUAAGCUGUCGGGUGGUUCUGCUGUGUAG